GUGUGUGAGCCCACCAAGAAACUGGCCUAGUGUCGUUACUUCCGUGACGUUACCUGGACCUUCACCACCUUUCCUGACAACGCGACGCAGCAGAUCAUACACUGCGUAUGUCCCAAGAACUCGGUAACGUAUAUCAUCAAGAGGCCUGCCUACUGGACUGGCCAGGGCGUUGGGUUUCACUACAGCUUCGCCUGUUCUCCCCAGAGUCGGCUGCGAUGUAAGCAAGAGCCAUGUCGUCUCUUCACCGUGAAGAAGCGACCCCAGUUCGAAGAAGUGAACACCAAGACGUUGUAUCAGUGUCCCCACGCCCACAACUGCCCCCUGCACCACUUGGAUCCCGGUGUCAUCCCAGGCAAGACCUACACAGAGGACGCCAUACGCACCUACGGUGGCUAUUGCAUGUGAUCCGGCAGUAAACUCCACCGGCUUCGUGAGACUUCUCUGAGCUGGUGUUGCAUGUAGCCAGACACAAUGCUGCUGCCAGAGUGGCAGUUGGAGCACCAGUGUGUGCUAGCGUUGUUUGACCGCCUCUGGCUACAAGUAGCCCAGAGUGCCAUUAGUCUUCAGCUCCUGAAGCCAUUGUAGUCUCAAGCCUCUGGAUUCCUCCAGCUACAAAAGGUGUUCUUUAUUACAAUGAAGAGUGCGGGUGGAGAAGAGCCUUCAGCGGGGCCUCCUAUGCCUCCGCUCCUGUACCUGACAUGCUACGUUUGCCUGCCCUCUUGCGUCCCUCUGUCCCUAGCUCGCGGAGUUAUAUCCAGCAAACACACAUACCGUUAUGUAUAUGUUAUAGUGAUGUGAUAACG